CUUAUGAUUUGAGAAACUAGGGUUUCCAUUCUUUGGUUUUUCACUUUCCGUGUAGAUUUGUUAAUCUCGAAUGCUUGUUAGUGCAAGUGGUAGAGAAGGAAGGUGAAGAACCCAAUAUGAAGAGAGCAAAGCUGAGUGAGAACAAUGAAGACAGGCUCAGUGAUUUGCCUGAUUGCGUUCUCAUUCACUUAAUGUCGUUUGUGCCAACCAAAGAUGCUAUUCAAACAUGCAUGUUGUCGAAGAGAUGGAAGGGUCUCUGGAAACGUCUUCCUACGCUUAUAUUACAUUACAUGAACUUUUCGUCAAUGACCUUUUUCAACCAAUUUGUGCCUAAGGUUCUGUCUAUCCGUGAUGGCUCUGUUCCACUCCAUCAUCUUGAAUUCAGUUAUAGUGGCCGUGUUCAUCCCCAUCUUAUGAAAAGGGUUUUGAGAUAUGCUUUAUCGUAUGAUAUCCGGCAAUUAAAACUCACUUAUGAUUGUGAUCUUGAUUUGCCACCUUCCUUGUUUUUGUGUCAGACUUUAACAUCCCUUGAUCUCACAGUUACCUACAGAUCUCAGUUAUUUCCAAAAUCUCUAAAUCUGACAGCCUUAACAAGUUUGAGUCUUUGUAACUUCACCUUUGGUGACAGUGAAUUGGUGGAGCCGUUUUCGUCAUGUAUUAAGUUGAAGACUUUGGUUAUUCACAACUGUGCUAUAAGGGAUACACAAAUCCUAUGCAUCUCAAAUGCUGCACUUGUCAAUUUGACCAUACGUUCUUACCAAGCUUACAAAAUUGUGCUAUCAACUCCCAAUCUUUUCUCUUUUGCUUUCUCGGGUGUUCCCAUUCAGCAUAUCUCUGCAAGCAAUCUUUCUUCUAUUAAACAAGUAAAUAUUGAUGCUGAUCAAUGGGCUGCAUUGUGUCACUCGCGUUCAGGUUUUAUCCUAUUUAGCUGGCUGCAACUAUUUGCUAACAUGAGAUCAUUGACACUCUAUUCAAGUACUCUUCGGGUUCUCUCCUCCAUCCCAGAUUUAUUGAAUACUGAAGCCCCUUGCUUUGGUAACUUGAAGUCAUUGAUAGUGAAAGUGAAAAACAUUUUGCCUCCAUAUCAAAAGCCGGGAAGAGUUUACAAAUCAAAGAAAGCAGAAUUGAAACCUGUACCUGACGGAGUAGUGGAUUACUUGAUUCGAAACUCCCCAUUUGCAGUGAUUACUAUCAUAAAUUGCUGAAGGUGAAUCGCACAUUUAAAUCUUUGAGUAGAUAUUCAUAUCUUUCCUUCUAUCCGUGUUUCUCUCCCUCCCUCCCUCCAAAUCUCGUUAGUUAUCACAACAAAUUAUCCCUUGUUUAUUGUGAUAUUUGCUUAUGAAAAUGGUAGAAAAUUUAAGAAUAUUUCUUUGCGAAAAAAUGAUUUCCAGAAACCUACCUACUAUUUUUUUUACGCCUAUAUUGGAGUAAAAACUCCCUUGUAAUAUUUUUAGAUUGUUAGCUUAUUAAGCUGGUGCAGAGCUACUAUACGGCACCUCCUGGAUUAGUGUUAUUUCACUUUGUAGUUUGGUGGUUAAGCCCACGUGCUUCUAUGAUAACUUUCUGAACCGUUACAACUGAGUUUGGUUAGUUGGUUUAGAUUGCAGCUUAGUUUGCAAGCUAAAUGUAUGCCUAUAAAUACAUAUCCUGUUAUUCAGAUCUGUAGGUUAAGCUAAACUAUCCCUAUAUAAGUUUGCAUAUUAGGAACUAUGCAUUUCUUCCUGUAUUAAGCUGAAGACUUUAGUCAUUGUCCAUUUGUUAUAAGGUAAAAUUCACAUAUCCUUUGCACUUCAAAUGCCAUGCUUGUCGAUUUUACCAUAUAUGCUUCCCCAGUUUAUCAGAAAGGUUUUUACAGAGCAGUAUCUACUCCGAAUCUUCGUUCUUUUGAUUUUUCGGGUGUUCCUGCUCAGCAACUUUAUGCAAGCAACCUUUCUGUUCUUAAAGAAGUAAAUAUCAAUGUUGAUGAUAAGGCUUGUUGCUUGCAGUCGGUUUCCCUCCUAAUUAGCAUGCUUGCUAAUGUAAGUUCAUUGACGCUCUCUUGAUGUACACUUUAGGUAUCUUCGUUUAAAGGUUUUGAAGCGCACGACUGUCAUUCUCAAUUAAGAUGAAUUUUUGUGCCAAAUUGUUUACCACAGCUCAAUUUCGAUUAAAAAUUCUCAAGUUAAUGCCUCAUUGCUUAGGUUCUCUCCUUAAUCCUGGAUUUGUUGAAUACUUAACCCCCUCGCUUGCUGGGGUAACUUGGAGUUAUUGAUAGUGAAAGUGAAACCACUGCCAAGAAAAGCAACUAAGUCAAGGAAAGCAGAAUUCAAACUGCCUUCACCUGUGAGUAGUGGACUACGUGGUUCGAAACUUCCCUUUUGGUGAGGUUACAAACUUACAAUCAUAAAUUCUAAAGGUGCUACGCACAUUUAAGUUUUACUUUCUACAUAAAGAUUCAUAUUUAUUUUUUUUCUUGCUUUCUGUGUUUCACUUUUCCUCCCCCCAUGCUGCUAGUUGUUACAAUCUAUGGAUAAAUUAUCAAUUUGUUUGCAAUAUUAGCUUAUCAAAAUACUUGUGAACUUAAGAAAGCAUACUAUUAACUUUGACUGUCUGAAACAUACCUCAACUUUUUGACUGGUAUGUAAAUUCAUCUUAAAUUAUGAUC